CUCCACGCGCUCGGCGGAAGAUUUACCGGGAAACCCGGGAAAAAUAUUGCUCCGGUAAAGAGAAGCGAGCCAAUAUAGGCCAAUGAUCUCUGAAUAUACCAAACUUCCCCGAGAAAAUAAAACAACGACUUCUCGAAUUCUAAAAUCCAAGUUCUCUAAGAAAACAACGGAAAAACAAUUGCACGAAAAAGAUGUGAAUAAUAAAUAACAAAAAUAAAUAAGAAAAACAUGUAUGCGAGGUCAUUUAAAUGCUGCUUCUCAGUAUUAUGCAUAAUGCUAAUGGACAUGCACAUGUUCGUGCAGUCGGUGUCAAUGUUGUUGCACUUGCGAUAACGUAAAAAUUCUUUAAAAAUUCUUAUACUUGAGAUGCAUAUUUUUUAAUUUUUUACACGAUUAAUUUGAUAGAAACUGAAUGUGCUUUUGUCGAGACAUUCUGCAAGAUUAAAAGGCGACAAUGAUAAAGAUUCUAGUAAAAAGGUUGUGCUGUGUUCACUUUAACGCUACAUUAGCAUCGUGUUUAUGGACUGGUCGAUAAAUGGGAUUAAAGUCUUGCACAGUUCGUUUCGUGAAACUUUCGAGCGAAGGAAAAUUUUAACGGAAUUUACUGGGAACUGGUCGUGUUGGGAAACAUAAUUACUUAGUAGCAGCGCAAACAAAUUUCCAUCGGCGACGAGAAAUGAUGUUCAGGUCAAGGUGCUGCCUUGUAUCAAUUCAUAUGGAUUAUCUAACGAUUUGGUCGUUACGUCCAACUUCUUCGAUCUGCGUGUGCAUUGUCGCACGAGGAUCGUCAUUAGCACGAGAAGUGUGAAUGCAACUGCAAAGAGCAGACCUAUUAUGUCCUCGAAGGAAGUUCAACUGGAAACCGAAAAGGUCAUUGAACUGGCAAGAGCGAAAAUUUUGAAGACGCACGGAUCUGUAAUUGAUUUCAACAUGCUACAAACAAUUUUAUUGUAUAUUGCGUCACGCGUCUUGUGUCGACGUUCUGUUUCAUCAUCCACACGCGUCUGAUUAGAAACAGUCAGGUUGAUUGAUCGUUGCAAUUUUUAUUUCUGUUAUUUCAGUCAACAAAUUUCAUUUGCUAGGCGACUUGCGACUAUCGAUCGAUUACACGUGUCGCCCGAUCAUACGAAGAUGAUGCAAGUCACGGAUGCUUUGUUCCACCGCGUUUCAUCAGCCGUGAGACGCGCAAUUUCCGCGAUAACGGGAAUGCAGGUUUAAUAAAACUGAAAGAAGACGAGCAAAGGACCCUUCGACAAAUACGCUACAUAACAUGAUUUUAUUCUCUGUUAAAACACUUUUACUUACGUAAUACAAUUUGAAGUAAAGUAACCCGACACUACUAUUGAUUUAAGAUUGAUGUAAAAAAUUGAUGCAGAUUAGAUUAGAUUUGAUUAGAUAUAGAUUAAAAUGAAACUUUUAAGUGAAAUUCUUAGUAAAUCGUUAUUUCUCAAGCUGUGUAUAAAUGUAUGUCGUACGCAAUAUUAUAAUAUCCCUGUAGCAAAAUAAUUAAUAAAAUUCUUUAGGUGACAUGCCACAUAAAAAAUUUUAGAUAUGUUUAAUGAUCUUAAAAAGCUGUUAUUUAUCAAAUUCUUAAAGAAAAAAGAUACGCGAAAAAUAGUUGUGAAAUGAUAUUGCAAGUGAUGAAAAUAGUGAAAAAUGGAAAUUAAAUUAUAUUUCAGUAGCUUCAUAUAUAACGAUAAUUUGGAGAAAGAAUUACGUGAAAUGCACGUGCCACUUCUAUUUCAAUUGCAUAAUGACCGAAGGUUUGCUCUCGUAACCAUAUUUGUUGCAUCAAUCAUCCGCUUUGUAUUAAUGGAUAUAACGGAUUCGAGUCUGCUAAUUGUUACCCGAGAUAAUACAUAAUGCGCAACAGAUACGCUUAUGUUAAUGAUAUAACAAGAUUACAUCACGGAAAAUUACAUCAGCAGAAAGAGGGCAUUUUCACAAUUAAUUAAAGCGUUUAAAAAUAAAUGAAUUAAAAUAAAUGGAUAAAUUUUACAGAAUACAAUAUUGUAAAAUUAAAUCUAUAUACAGUGUUAUUAUCACCUGCAGUCAUUUUUCAUCAUUAUUCUUACAAGUUGUGAAUACUAUUUGCGUCAAUGUAAAUUUCUUUAAGGAAAAACUAAGGAAAGUCGGUAAAACUAGUACAUACACCUAUUGGAAAUAGAAUAAAAAUGAAUGGGACAUUUAGAAAACAUGAAAUAUUUGGAAAAAUAAUUCUAUCAAUUGGCCAUUUUACUGAUGACUAUGCAACACUUUAAUAGUUUUAUUACUUUACGAAAUUAUAUAAGGAUUUAAAUUUUAUACAUGUUUAUAAAAUUUAUAAAAUUUUUAAUAAUUUUUGUGUUUGUAAUCGGACGUGGAUAUCUUUGACACGAAUGUUGAAAAGAAUGUCUACCUCACUAUCAUUUGCAAGUCUUAAACAAGUCUUAACUUGUUUACUUAUAACCCAUACAAGAUACAAAUUUAUCAUUAUUGCACAUACGAUUCGAAAUUGCGAUAUGCUGCGUCGAAUAUAAUCACUUAUCGGCAUUUUUAUCGCGCGAAAGACAAUAGUUAUCAAUACGUGAUUGAGUAUCUCAGUUUUUGAAAAUAUUGAACAAACAAUAAAUUAAUUCUUGGAUAAAUAUUUUUAGACUUCUCCGAAAUAGCUAUCGAGGACGGACUAUAAUUAGCACUCGUUUCUCAAAUCUUGAAGAUAGCGAUGAUCGUUAGAAGAAUCGUGUGUUUGAGGAAACUUCUUUUCACACGAAAAUUUACGCAGAACACAACAGAGAUAUGGGACAGUUUUCUGCGUAAUGGUCAAAUAACAUCGCUUAAAAAGUUCAUCGGGGACCAUCGUGAUGUGGUGAACGCGAUUUUAAGAAACACCGAGAUUACUCGCAACCAUCUGACUCCAGAAUUGAAGCUGUUCCUGCUAACCAAUAAGUGUCCCUUAUAUCACGAGCCCUUUAUCGACGAGAAUGAAAAAUUCGAUUCCUUGACCAGGAACGUAUUUCAAGACCCAUUUUGGUCCAUAUACUGGCCUGGUGGCCAAGGACUAACGAGGUUCAUCCUAGACGAGAGAGAAACUAUUUUACAAUGUGCGAUGCAGAAUAAAAGGAAACGUGCGUUAAGGAUACUGGAUUUGGGUGCAGGAUGUGGAGCCACGGCGAUAGCUACGAGAUUGGUGACUGGGUCAUGCAAGAUUAUUGCAAAUGAUAUUAGCAAAGUCGCCUGCGUAGCUAUUGCGAUGAAUGCAAUAUUAAACAACGUGGACAUUGAGAUAUCAUGGAAAAACCUGCUGGAAAAAUCACCGGAAGAUCCGUACGAUGUGAUUUUCAUCGGUGAUUUACUAUAUGACGAGGAAAUUGCAAGCACGCUGAUCGCGUGGUUGGAAAACGCGCAUCUACGAGGUACGCGAAUUUAUUUAGGAGAUCCAGGAAGGCAUGGAUUGACUAAAGAUCUUAGGAAGCGAAUGAAACUGCUUCGUCAAUAUGACUUGCCAGAGGAAGUCAGGAAAGAGAAUCACGGUUACGACACAGUUACCGUAUGGGAAUUUGGUCGGUCUUGAGUGAUUGUGAAAUCUAAGGAAAAAAAUUAUUUAAAAUAUGGACGCUAAAUACACGCUAAAUAUUCUUGCAUAGAAAGCUUUGAACUCUUUCAUAUUAAUGUUAGUUGUUCUCACAUCAAAAUAAUGAAAAAUAAUGCAAAAUGAACAUCAAAGUAUUCGAUUCCUUGGAUUUAUUUAUAUCUAUUUGCGUUUUUCAACGCAUUGACGCAUUGAUUUCAACGCGUUUUACAAUUGACGUAAAUUGUUACGUCAAUUGUAAAAAUU